GUCACAGCUUGUUUGGACCGCCCUGCUGGGUGCGGUGCGGCUGUGCUUGGUGGCCUGCUGGCCUGCUAGCUAGAAUGUGAUUUCAUAUUGGACAAGUAGAGGGACCAUGAUGUCUGGUGGAGACCAGGAACCAGAUCACUACUAUGUGGGCAUCGAUGUGGGAACAGGAAGUGUCCGUGCAGCUCUAGUGGACCAGAGAGGGGUCCUUUUGGCUUUCGCAGAACAGCCAAUUAAGAAGUGGGAGCCCCAGUUCAACCACCACGAGCAGUCCUCAGAGGACAUCUGGGCAGCAUGUUGCCGUGUCACGAAGGAAAUUGUUCAAGGGAUUGAUGCACACCGAAUCCGAGGACUUGGUUUUGAUGCCACUUGUUCUCUGGUUGUCUUGGACAAACAGUUCCAUCCUUUACCAGUAAACCAUGAAGGGGAUUCCUCCCGAAAUAUUAUUAUGUGGCUGGACCAUCGGGCUGUCAGCCAGGUUCACAGGAUCAAUGAGACCAAGCACGGUGUUCUUCAGUAUGUGGGUGGUGUGAUGUCUGUGGAGAUGCAGGCCCCAAAGCUCCUGUGGCUGAAGGAAAACUUGAGAGAGAUUUGCUGGGAUAAGGCGGGACAUUUCUUUGAUCUCCCAGACUUCUUAUCAUGGAAGGCAACAGGUGUCACAGCACGGUCUCUCUGCUCCUUGGUGUGCAAAUGGACAUACUCAGCAGAGAAAGGUUGGGAUGACAGCUUCUGGAAGAUGAUUGGAUUGGAAGAUCUCAUUGGGGAUAAUUACAGCAAAAUAGGAAAUCUCGCCUUGCCUCCUGGAGCUUCUCUUGGAAGUGGGCUAAUACCAGAAGCAGCCAGAGAGCUGGGCCUUCCUUCGGGAAUUGCGGUGGCAGCCUCCCUCAUUGAUGCCCACGCAGGAGGACUAGGAGUGAUCGGAGCAGAUGUGAGAGGUCACGGGCUCACCUGUGAGGGACAGCCAGUGACAUCAAGACUGGCUGUCAUCUGUGGAACUUCAUCUUGUCACAUGGGGAUCAGCAAAGAUCCAAUCUUUGUACCAGGUGUCUGGGGACCUUAUUUCUCAGCCAUGGUCCCUGGCUUCUGGUUGAAUGAAGGCGGUCAGAGUGUGACUGGAAAAUUGAUAGAUCACAUGGUGCAGAGCCAUCCUGCCUUUCCUGAACUACAAGCCAAGGCCACAGCCAGAUGCCAGAGUAUAUAUGCAUAUUUGAACAGUCACCUGGAUCUGAUUAAGAAGGCACAGCCUGUGGGUUUCCUCACUGUUGAUUUACAUGUUUGGCCAGAUUUCCAUGGCAACCGGUCUCCCUUAGCAGAUCUGACUCUGAAGGGCAUGGUCACUGGGCUGACGCUGUCUCGGGACCUUGAUGAUCUUGCCGUCCUCUACCUGGCCACUAUUCAAGCCAUUGCUUUCGGCACUCGCUUCAUCAUUGAGACCAUGGAGGCAGCAGGACAUUCUCUCAGUACCCUCUUCUUAUGUGGAGGCCUAAGCAAGAAUCCCCUUUUUGUGCAAAUGCAUGCUGACAUUACUGGCAUGCCUGUGGUUCUGUCACACGAGGUGGAGUCUGUCCUCGUGGGAGCUGCUGUUCUGGGUGCCUGUGCCUCAGGGGACUUUGCUUCUGUGCAGGAGGCAAUGGCAAGAAUGAGCAAAGUGGGGAAGGUUGUGUUCCCAGAGCGUGCUGAUAAAAAAUAUUAUGACAAGAAAUAUCAAGUGUUUCUGAGAAUGGUUGAGCACCAGAAGGAGUAUUCAGCCAUCAUGAAUGGAAGUUGAACGUGCCAAGCCAUUCAGACUCUGUGCCAUUCGUUGGGGCCCUCUGCGUGUUCAGCUUAUGACCAGUGCCCCUUGGGUAUACCUUUGGAAUUCCUUCUUAUCUAAUAAAAACUUUGACAAGGCAAACAUA